GGCGAUGUAGAUACCGUCGCCAGCUGCGCUCCGCUGACCCGAUCGACGUGCUUUCGAGAAUCAAACGUGUCGGCGAAGAUUCGAGGUUUGCCCUCGCCAAGCUCGUCACGACGGGGCACUGCUCGCCCGUGCCACGCGGCACGGCAUCGAACAAGAUCGUCCUUUUUUCUAUUUUCGAACUCGAAAUCCUGGAUCCAGCAUUUUCGAGAACCUUGUCGAAACAGCGUUUCGAGAAACCGGCGGCGGUCGGUGGUUAUUUGGCCAAGCGUCGCGUCCAUGCAGUUCACACCCCAGCAACUCGUCGGCGCCGGCCGCUACAGCGCGACGACGCGCAUUGGCAACUGGAAUGAAGACCUCAUGCUCGAGGAAGCGCGCAUGAAGGACUACCGCGUCCAGAAGCAAAAAGGCGGGCUGGGCACCGCCCACCGCCAAAAGAUGGAGCAAGCGAACGGCCGCGUGCCCCACUCGUUUGCGGACGACGGCAUCUUGCGCUUCAACAUGUAUUUGACGCUCGAGCAUCUCCAGACCGGCGGCGUCCUGGCCUGCGACGUGUGGGAGGAGACGUUCACCGGCUCCGGUGAGUUUGUCGUGAGCGUCGGGCGACCGCCGAGCGCCGCCUCGGCGCGCACCACGUUUUGCAUCGUCUCGCCGACAGGGCAGAGUGGCAUUGUCCGGUAUGGCGACCCGUUCCGGCUCAUGGCCAACGAAGCGCUGCGCGUUGACCGCGACUCGCUCUUGCCCAUGCUCUUUCUCAAAUCCAAUCUCAAAACCGAGCGCAGCAUGAGCCCCGUCUCGUCCAACCAGAACGUCACGCUGUCCGUGACACCCGACACGUCAACGCUCUGGGUCGCGACACGGGCCGACGUUGGCGGUGCGGAGAAGCUGCUCGCGACGUCGAUGCCCGUGAGCACCGCCGAUGGCAUUGGCAUAAUGCACAAGAUGACCGGACACCUCCUCUUUGCCGACGCCAAGAACAGCGUCGCGACCGACUUUGGCUCGGAAACCGAGGUGUGCUGCCUCACCGUGAAAGGUCACGGCAAGUGCUUCAACCUUGCGCACGAAGCAGCGGGCGCGCGGACGCCAGACAUGCAUGCGCGCAGUGCGCUCUCGCAGAAUGCGUGGCGUUUCGUCUUGGCGACGUCCCCGCAGGCCGCCGCGGACACCCGCCGUCUCCCCGCACCGUCGACGCCAGCUUCGGUUGCGUACCUCCUCGUGCAGGCGCUGACAACGCAGCAUGUGUUUGGCUUGCGCCAGCUCGUGCAGUCGCUGCAGAUUGUCGAUGCCAGUGGUGGCUCGGGACUCAUGGACCGCGAGGACCUCAAAUGGGCGAUCAAGGCCUGCGAGGCCGAAGCCAGCGUAGGUCUUCGCGACGACCAAUACGACACGCUCCUCAACGCUUUGGAUGACGGCAAGAAGGGCUUUGUCAAGGUGACCCGCUUCAUCGAGCUCGUGCGCGGACCGCUCUCGGACGCUCGCAAAGGCAUGAUCAACCAGACGUACGAUGCAGUCUCCAGCGGUCUCGGCGGCGCCGUGACGCUUUCCGCGCUGGCGAAAGCCUACGACGCGGGCUGCGAGUCGGCGUUCCGCAGCACCCGGGCAGUGGACUUUAUGGCCCUUUGGACGACCACGGACGCGCGCGGCGUCAUCACCCGCAACGAGUUCCUCGACGUGUACAAGGACGUAUCGCGCGCCGUCGACGACGACAGCAUGUUCGAGCAGCUCCUCAAGAAUGCGUGGGGCGUCUAAAGAACACUGUUCUGGAAUUCCACGCCAAACGCUGUUUGUAAUACAUUACAAAACGACAACGCUACAUACAAACAUCGAUAUACAUGUAUUGAAAACAUAAAAAUACGCCAAACAGCGGUCCACGUCCUUGCACCAAUACCGUCUCAAUUCGCAGCUCCGGCUGCCGUGGUCGGGCCACGCGGUGUCAUCGACUGUAUCGGUCUCCCUACUCAUUUCGACGUGGUAGAUGAAGGAGCUUG